AACUAAAGGAAUAAAAAUGCUAGCAAAGCGUUGAGGGCAAUUCAGGAGAGAAGAAUCCGUAAUGGGAAUUUGGGAUGCGGUCUCCUCCACCGCGGACUCACUCAGAAAUCGGUUACCGGAUCCUGAACCGGUGAAGAACGCCGGCCGAUCCGCUUACUCGGCGGUGGCGAAUAGGCUCACCGGCGAGGUACCGGAUCUCAGGACCCCAGUCGUCGGGAUUCUGCGGAGCUCUUACAAUCACAGCUGCUCCGCCUUCUCCUCCGUCGACGGAGCGGUUCGGGUCAAGGGAUUCCAGCGGGUUAGAGAAUCCAUGCCCGAUAAGGAGGUUUUGGCUAGGAUCGGGUGGAACCUCACCGACUUCGCUUUCGAUAAAUAUACUCGAUCUAUCACUGGUGGAUUGCCCGUUUACAGGACCAUAGUGGAUGGGCUGCGGAAUAAGGAUGCAAAAACAACCCAAAAAAUUAAUACAGAGCAAGAGUUGCAGGCGUUACAGAGCCGAAUGGAACGAUUGGAGGCAAUUUUGUCAGCAAAGGAUUCUCAGCCUCUGGCACAUCCUCAUUGUUACUUUGUUAGGCCGCAUCAGAAGCCAGAGGAUGUGAUUAGGAUUUUCAUGAUGAAGGGGUUCACCGGUGGCGAUCUCCUCAAUGGCCAGGUGAUGCUACAACAUGAGAACUGGAAGAGAGAUGCCUUGCUUUGUCCUAUACUUUCAUCUAAGGAAGUUCACUGACAGUCUAGUGUGUGAUGAUGGCCUUGCCUGAAUUGAUAUCAGAACUCUUACUUGUAAUUAGUUUGGUGCGGAGAUGACCUUGCUUUAAUUGAUAUGGAACUCUAUAAUUUGUAAUUAGUUUGGUGUGGUAAGAGAUCAGGCGUAGAGGUGUGGCUUUCGUUUGGAGUACA